AUGUUAAUCGAAUCAGAAAUACGUGAAAAAGCCUAUCGACUGGUGACAUUUUCGGCGGUGACAUUUUCAUUUGUGGCAAUUCUAGCCGUUUUCAUUACUCUGCCAAUGGUUAACAAUUAUGUCAAUUCGAUACAUAUGCGAGUACAAUCAGAAAUGGAAUUUUGUAAGCUAUCAGUACGCGAUGUAAUGAUGGAAGUAAAUGAGUAUCGAUCAGGACCGCGAGAUGCCACACCAGCAUUUCAAAAAUUUUUACAUAAUCAAACCGCUGUUAUUAGUCGUGCUAAGAGAGAAAACAGUCGUUGUGCAGGUUGUUGCUUACCAGGAAUUCCUGGGCCAGAUGGUCUUCCAGGCAAAAAUGGUAUUCCCGGGCGCCCGGGUGCACCUGGAGGCCCAGGAUUUCCCGGAAGACCUCCAGCAAUUUGUGAACAAGCCGUUGAACCACCAUGCUCACCGUGCCCACCAGGAGAACCGGGACCGCCAGGAGCUCCAGGCGAUCCAGGAAAUGCUGGUCCACCGGGCUAUCCGGGCCGGAAUGGUAAUGAUGGACCACCGGGACCACAAGGUCCUCCAGGACAACCCGGACCACCAGGAGAGCCAGGACGCGAAGGUCCAAGAGGAGAUCCAGGACGAGCAGCUAUAAGUUCACCAGCAACACCAGGUGAUCCAGGUGCACCCGGUGAAGUUGGACCACAAGGAUUGCCCGGUGAACAGGGUCCAGCAGGACGUCCAGGAUCGGAAGGUGCGCAAGGAAUGCAAGGACCACCAGGACCACCCGGCCAACCAGGUCAACCAGGUGAGGAUGGACAACCAGGACCACCAGGACAUCCUGGUCCACAAGGCGAACGCGGUAUUUGCCCAAAAUACUGUGCUUUAGAUGGUGGUGUCUUUUUCGAAGAUGGUACAAGACGUUGA